AGACAUUGCAGCUUGUACACACUUUCCAUAUGUAGUAUUGCAUAGUUCAGUAGUUGAUCGUUCGAUUCAGGUAGAGUCCGCUAAGUGCAUCGAGGCAUUUUUGAUGGUAUCGGUAUUUCAAACUUAUUUAUUACUUGAUCAACUUCGAUCAUUUUGCUUGAUUUUGCUUUUUAUUUUCCUAUUCACCGAUCUUCGGAUGUAGAGGGCAGAGCAAAACCUCUAAUUUUUUAUACAGUCGGUAAUUCAGAACAUAUGACACCUAGUCCCAUAAGCAUGCAAUGUCUAUCCUAUACCUCGUCUGUGCCUUAUGCCUCGUCUCUGCGAUAGUAUAGACUUCCGCAUUUGAAGUAAUCUAAAAUGGCGACGUUGUGUUACAUUUAUUGAGAUAUGUGAUAAAACUACAGAAAAUAGGGAAUAGAGUGUAAAAAUUAACUAAAUAAAAAAAAUACCAAUAUGCCUGCUCAAGAGCUUGCAGUUAUACAGCCACCGGCUACCGAGGGCGAAGAAAAUAAUGCACCCUCAUCACAGCCGAUCGUAGGCAUUAUUUACCCUCCACCGGAGGUUAGAAACAUUGUUGACAAGACAGCGAGUUUUGUGGCCAGAAAUGGACCGGAAUUUGAAUCAAGAAUCAGACAAAAUGAACUUGGAAAUCCAAAGUUUAACUUCUUGAAUUUUGGUGAUCCAUAUCAUGCAUAUUAUCAACACAAAGUAAAAGAGUUUAAAGAAGGAAAAGGUCAGGAGCCAACUGUGGGCCAAGGACUUGGAAAAGUUGUUAAUCUUGCAGCACAUCAAAAACAGCAAGAAAUUUUAAAACAAGUUGAACAACCGUUUGUUCCGAAAGAUCCACCCACAGAAUUUGAAUUUAUUGCUGAUCCACCUUCUAUUUCAGCUUUAGAUCUAGAUAUCGUAAAAUUAACAGCACAAUUUGUAGCUCGUAAUGGUCGACAGUUUCUAACUAAUUUAAUGAAUAGAGAACAAAGAAACUUUCAAUUUGACUUUUUGCGACCACAACAUUCUUUGUUUCAAUAUUUCACAAAACUCUUAGAACAAUAUACGAAGGUGUUAAUUCCACCUAAAGAUCUGCUACCCCGUCUUCGAGAUGAAGCAGCAAAUAUGGACAAAAUAUUAGAGCAAGUUAAAUAUCGUGCUGAGUGGUUAAAAUAUCAAGAAGCUCAGAGGCGUAAAGAAGAAGAAGAAUUAGAACGGGAAAGAGUUGCUUAUGCUCAAAUUGAUUGGCACGAUUUUGUUGUAGUAGAAACUGUUGAUUAUCAACAGUUUGAAGUUGGGAAUUUUCCAGCGCCGACAACUCCAGAUGAAGUUGGUGCUCGAGUACUCAUGCAGGAAAGAAUAGAAGAAGGUGAAGAUGUAGAAAUGCAAAUCGACAGUGAAGGAGAAGAUGAGAUGCAGAAUCGUACAGAAGGAGAAAAAGAUCGCGCGAAAGAUAACAAUCAAGUACAAGAUAUGGAAGAAGAUUCAAGUGAUGAAGAUGAUGUAUCACCUCCAGGUGACACUCACAAAUCAAAAGAAUCGAAACCACGCGAUAGUAAUAAUAUGCAGCCUCCACCAUUACCUCCUACACCAGGAAAUGUUGUAGUAAAGAAAGGUUAUGAUCCUAAACAGCAUGCAAGUAAAACAGCGCGUCCUGUUGCUCCUGACGAAUAUCUUAUAUCACCAAUUACUGGAGAACGUAUACCAGCGAGUAAAGUUCAAGAACACAUGCGUAUUGGGCUGUUGGAUCCACGCUGGGUGGAACAAAGAGAUAAACACCUUGAUAAGUUGGCACAAGAAACAGUAUUUGCUCCAGGUACUGCGAUUGAAGCCAGCUUGAAACAACUAGCCGAAAGACGUACGGAUAUUUUUGGUGUGGGCGAUGAGGAAACUGCUAUUGGUAAGAAGAUUGGUGAAGAAGACAAAAAGAAAGAUGACAAAGUUACAUGGGAUGGACACACAUCGAGUGUCGAAGCAGCGACGAGAGCUGCUAGAGCAAAUAUCACUUUGGAAGAUCAGAUCCAUCAAAUACAUAAAGUUAAAGGACUCCUUCCUGAUGAGGAGAAAGAGAAAAUCGGGCCGAAGCCCGCAAAUCGUGCAGCAGAAUUAUCACAUAUGGCAGCAGCUGCUUCAAAACCUCAAGCUACGUUGAAGGCACCACCAAAACCACCAGCACCGAAACCGGUACCAGUUCCAACGCAACCACCACCACCGCCAACCAUGAGUAUGCCUACUAUGGGUAUUCCUCAGCCAAUGAUGCCACAAGCACCGAUGAUGAUGAUGGCGCCUAUGCCUCCGAUACGACCACCGCCACUAAUGACACCCGCAAUGUCACCAUUUAUGCCAACUCCACCACCUAUGCAGCCGCCAAUGGCAUCUGCUAUGGGAUUGAAACAUCCUACUGAGCCUAUGGAAGAAGAACCACAGGCCAAGAAAUUAAGAACAGAAGAUUCGUUAAUACCUGAACAGCAAUUCUUAGCUAGAAAUAAGGGUCCUGUACAUGUGAACAUAGCAGUACCAAUGAUGACAGAAAAGGCAGAAUGGAAGUUGAACGGACAGACAUUAAAUAUUACUUUGCAAGUGAGCGAUACGGUAGCGACAAUGAAAGCUCUUAUACACGAGCAAACUGGUAUGCCUCCUGGCAAACAAAAAUUGCAGUAUGAGGGAAUGUUUUUCAAAGACAGUAAUACCCUUGCAUAUUAUAAUUUAACAUCUGGCAAUGUAAUCAAUCUUCUACCGAAAGAGAGAGGUGGUAGGAAGAAGUAAACCUAAAGAGCAUAUAAUUAAUUGCAAUUUCUGCAGAUUUUAUGAUUUAAUCUAUACUACACACACUGAAGAAAAAUAUACUGUAGCCUGGAAACAGGAAUUAUAAUCUUUCAAGAUGAAUAAAAACAUACCAUUAUCUAAACUAAUUU